AUGGGCGAUCAUAAUCUGCCGGAUUUCCAGACAUGUUUAAAGUUCUCUGUUACUGCUAAAAAGAGCUUUUUAUGCAUGUACAGAGAUGGCGUACCAAAGGAAAAGUUAGCUUCUUCUAUGCCAAGUUCUUGCAAUAUACAACUGAAAAGGGCAAUUAAUGACGCUUAUCCGGAUGGGGGAAUAAAGGUCACGGUCAUGAGCUCAACUACUGUAAGCAUAGACUCAUUGGCAACUACGCAUGUUCAGGAUUUUGAAAUUGUUAUCAUUCCAGACAUAAAUUCGCUUUCGCAGCCAGACCAAGCGAAAUUAGUAAAAAUUAUGAGAGAUUCCAAAAUGACAAGCGAGAAGGCACAGCCAAGACGUAUCUUUAUAGGAGUUGUUCAUUGGAAUAACCCUGUGCCGCCUUCAAGUGCCGCCAAUGACGAGGAUGACGCAAGCAAAGCAGCUCCAAAAACACGCAUCUUUCUGCCCACAUCUCUACAUAUAGGUGCCUGGCUCAAACACAAAUUCUGGUUUGCAUGUGCACCGCCAUAUUUAGAUUUUGAAAGUUCGACUGAGUCCAGCAUUCACACAAGGGCCGACAGUGGCGCUGGGAUAGCGAGGGAGGAGGAGCAAGAGCCUGAGGGCAAGAAGUCGGUCAUAUUGAAUGAAGAGGCAAAUCUGAACGAUAUAUUCGUCGGGUCCACUGUAAAACGGUAUAUUCUGGAUAUUAUGGUGCAUUUACGAACACAUAGGUUGACGUAUAACGCCAAAGCCGGUGGAGUAUACACAAAUUCAUUAGACGACGUAGUAUUAUUGUCUAGAUUAAUUGGCUUACAUAGCGGCAAGAUGUUUGUGUCACCUUCACAUGUCAAAGAAGCGUCCAAGUGGUACUUCCCCAUGCACUUAGAAUUGGUGCAGCGCUCCUCCAUGGAUAGUUCGUUAUUGUAUGGUAGUGAUCCCAGCUUAGUAGACGAAAUGCUAGAGAAACUUGCGAAGAUUAAAUACGAGGAGGUUAACGAGUUCGAAAAUCCACUUUUUUUAGAAUCUCUCGUAGUGAAAAACGUAUUGAGUAAAGUCGUGCCGCCUGUGUAA